AUGCCUUCUUCAAGCAAAAUCAUCGCUCUUUCUCUCAUUGCAGGUGCUACUGCUGCUCCUUUGAACAUUUUUGGUACUUCUUCCGGUAAGACUAGUACUUCAGUCAAUGCCAACGCCAACGCCAAUGCCAGCGCCGGUGUAAACACCGCCGUUGUUGGUGAUAUUACUGGCUUCACCAAUGCUCUUCUGUCCUCUGCUACUGGUGGAGCCGUCACUGUAGUUGACAAGGUUGAGUCUCAAUUUGGUACAGCUGUUGGUAUUGCUCGAACUAUCGCCAUGAACACUUGGGCUUCAGGUCAAUGUCUUGCCACUUACCAUGACAUCAACAUGUGUACUGAGAUCAGCGCUUAUCUUCCUGCGGUCUACUACGCAUUCGAACAAGGAUGGUCUGCCGCUCAACUAUUCGCUGCCCUUGGUGCCGAUCGGGUCAACAAGUUCCAAAACCUCUUGAGCUCACUUUGUGCUCAUGCGGAAGCUUCGAGUACUUGUUCCCCUCUACUUGCUGCUUGGCCAUCAUACGUCACUGCGUCUGCUCAAGUUGAUGCAGCCAUCAUUCAGCAAGCUUCAUCUCAGCUCCUUGCAAACGGGAUUAUCACUUUGAUCGAUGCCACCCAUACAGGCACCUCUCUUAUCAGUGGCCUUACUUCCGGUGUAAUGGCCAACGCCAAUGCAAUGGUCGGUUCUGCCACCGGAUUGCAUCUUCGCGAUAUGGAAGAACAAGAAAUGGCUAGAAGAUUCCUCGGUCUCGAAAACAUCUUCGGUCAUGCUCAAGCUUCCGCAACUGCUACUGCGGCUGCAGCUGCUCAAGCUACAGCUACCGCUGCCGCCAACGCCAACGCUCAAGCUCAAGCUGCUGGUGCCUUGAACGUUGCUAACCUUGUCAAUGCUGCUGGUUCUCUCACCGCCGGAGCUGCCACUCAAGCUGGUGCUGGUGCAGGUGCAUCUGCUCAGGGUGCCGGUAACAUUGUCACUGGAUUGACAUCGAAUAUUCCAGUUGUAGGUGGUCUCGUCAAUGGCCUUCCUCUUGUUGGCGGUCUUACAAGCACUGUUCAAGGUGUUGUUUCAACCAUCCCAGUAGUUGGCGGUGUCGCUCAAACAGCUACCAAUUUGGCUGCUGGUCUUACUGGGCAAGCUCAAGGUGCCGCUGGGUUAGCCACAAACUUGAUUGGAGGUCUCAACGUUCCAGGUCUCGCCUCUCUGAGUGGUCAAGUUUCAGGUGUAGCAAAUACUGCCACAGCAGCUUCUGCUUCAGCAGCUGGACUUGGUGGACUUGGACUGGGAUCUGCCACUCACUUGCUCGGUUUGAGAGAUCUCGGAUUCGACAUUUCAGGUCAUUUACCAUCAUCCAUCGUUCACACUGCUUCCGGUUUAGUUUACGCUCCAGUUCAAGCUGCCUCCGGAAUCGUUCAUGAUACAGCACACAAGAUCGCUUCAGUCGGUAAUGGACUCGAUCUCGAUCUCGCAUCUGAAAUCGCAGAAGGUGAUGUCUUCGCUCAUCUCUCAGCUGAACACAAGAGAGAUUUACUCUCCGGCUUGUUGAGCAACCCGGCAGGGAUCCUCAAUAACGUACCCGUAGUCGGUGGUCUGACUAACGGUCUCCUCGGCGGUGUAACCAACAAUCUUCUUGGCGGUGUCACUAACGGUGUUCUCGGUGGUGUCACUGGCGGUCUCCUUUCCAACCCUACCGGUGCCGUUGGUGGAUUGAUCAACACUGUCACCCACCUCCCCGUUGUCGGUAACGUGGCCUCUGGCGUUCUCAACACUGUCGGUAACCUCCCUGUCGUCGGAAACGUUGCUGCUCAAGCUACCGGAGCACUUUCCAGUGCCACCAACGCUGGUCUCAAUAUCGGUCAGAACGGUUUGAACCUCGGGUUGAACGAUGUCACUCAAGCUGCUGGUGGACUGGUUGGUGGUGCAGGUAUUCACCUCAAGAGAGGAUUACUUGAUGGUCUUCCUCUACUCGGUGCUCUUCCUGUCGGUCAAGUCCUCAACGGAUUACCAGUAGUCAACAGUCUCCCAAUCGGUGGAAUCCUUUCUAAUCCAGUUGGAACCGUUGAGAACACCGUCAACUCUUUGCCUGUUGUCGGUGGUCUCCUCCACGGUCUUACCGCCAACCUUCCUAUCGUCGGUGGACUAACCGCUCAAGCCGGUGCUCAAGGAUCCGCUGCCGCUAAUGGUGCUUUGAACCUUGGUGCCGGUGGUCUUUCCGCCGCUUUGAACGGUGUCACAUCCGCUGUCGGUUCAGUAGCUGGUACAACUGGUGUUCACCUCGGUCAAAGAGAUCUCCUUAGUGGUCUUCUUGGUGGAUCCGGGUCUGGAUCUGGAUCUUCAGGUCUUCCAUUAAUUGGCAACAACCUUCCCGUUGUUGGCCCUCUGAUUAACGGUCUCACUUCCAACCUUCCCAUCGUUGGAAAUGCCGGCGGACUUUUAUCAGGUGUUACCAAUACUGUCGGUCAACUUACCGGUACUGUCGGUAACACCGUUUCAGGACUCACACACAAUCUUCCUGUCGUUGGAAACUUGGUUGAUGGAUUAACUCAUUCAUUGCCUUUGAUCGGUGCUCAAGCUUCUGCUGCCGCUCAAGGAUCAGUCAACUCAGCUACCAACGCAGGAUUGAAUCUUGGUGCUAACGGUCUUUCAGGUACUUUGAACUCUGUCACUGGACUCGUUGGUGGUUUAGUAGGUGGUGGAAACUUACAUAUCAAGAAAUCUUUGAUUGAUUCACUUCCUAUCGUUAACGGUGUUGCAUCUCAUUUACCCAUCGUAAACUCGAUUCCUAUCGUUGGAAAUGGUCAAUUCAACAUUGCAGGCACAGAUGGAUUGAACGUGCAACUUGGUCCCAUUCAAGCUCAAGCUCAAGCUGCUAUUGAUGCCACUCAACACGGUGUAUCUUCUAUCCUUGGUGCAGGUUUGAAAGUUGGAGAUAUCAUCAAUGCUCAAGGUCAAGGUGUCAUCGGUGCUCUUAUCCACUAA